AUGUUCAUGACAGUAGGCACCCUUAAACCCUACACGCUCGAAAAGAGGACGUAUACUUUGUUGGAGGUGAUCGAACCUAUCCUGUUCGCGAAGUUUACAAAACCGGUGACGAUGACUCAACCGCGCGAAAGCCAAAACCCCUCUCGCAAUUACCCCUUGGCCCUUCGCGCUACCGACGUCAAAUUCCAACCUGGUUACCGCCCAAGCGGCCAUUUCACUGAGCAGACAACCCACUUCAGUGGCAAGCACAAGCUAGCCUGCCACGGCACGAACGAAGCAGACGGCAUCCGGGUCGACUGGCGGGCGCACCCCACGUACGCCACUCAGUCGUCGCGCACAGUGGAAGACAACUUCGACUCGGAGUGCCGCACCAACGUCUCGCUGGCAUGGCUGGACCAUCUCCGACUGUCUUGGCUCACAGCUACUGCAUUGGCGCUUGGCUUCGCGUACUCUACUCGGUACGGCAAGAAGAAGCGACAAAACGUGAUAAACGACCCUGUGCACGAGUUUAUGAGCUCUGAGAGUAGCACUGUAUUCCAGGACCGGGCGCGCUUUAAUGAGAUGCUCGGACCCGUGGAUCGACUGGAGCGUUUGGUGCUCGUGGCAAAAGAUGGUGGUGCAGUGACCCGAUCGGCUUAUAUAAAGGAGGCGAUCCGUCUACAACAGAUUGUGGAAAAAGAAGUGACUUCGGACGGUAUUACGCUCAGUGACAUCUGCGUCAAAGUUACUGAGAACUCUUCUUGUCGAGUGAACGCCGCGACACAGUACUUUCAGAACGACAUGGACCACUUUCGAGUGUACGAGACUUACGGUCUGGUAUACAAGCACUUGAGCAACUGUGUAGACGCUCCUGAGCGAGCGGAUGUUGCUGUAUGCAGCGAAUUACAAGUGCAACUUAACGCAUCAGGAUCGAAGCUUCCACCCAGUAUGAGCGAUUGCCCGUGUGUGUCUUCCUUUGGUUUGCCGAUGAAUGAGUUACAGAGGUACUUGGGCGGAUUUACAGGGGAUGGCAACUCGGUGGACACGAGUACUUAUCUGGAACAAGCAACGACGCUGUUUUUGACUGCGGUGGUGACGAAUCAUCAAGACGCAGCCAAAAAUGCAGAUACUUUUGCUUGGGAGCGUUCGUUUAUUACUCGAAUGGAGGAAGAGGCGAAGAACAGCGCUCUGUACGACAUUUAUUAUGCUGCCGAGACGUCAGCAGACGAUGAAUUUGCAGGUGCUUCCAACUUGGACGUCGUAUUCAAGGCUGGGAUUGCAGCGUUUCUCUCUAUGGUUGUGUACGUGGUCAUCGGUCUGAACAACUGGAAAUUGGACCGUCGCUUCUUCCAUUCAUCGAAGAUCGGUGUGGGAUUCAUGGGUGUUGCGUGCAUUUUGAUGGCCGUGGGCGGAACUUUGGGCGUUUUGGCGUGGACUGGCGCGAAACUUCAGAUUGUGACACUAGUGGUGUUGCCGUUGGUGACGCUGGCUAUCGGUACGGGCAACAUCUUCUUGAUCCUGCACGCUAUUGACCUGAAGCAGGAAGAGUUGAAGAUGGAGCAACGGUCGCUGUUUGUUGGCCUGGAAGACAACGACUUUGGUAUCCAUGAGAUAACCUGCGUGUUGCUGUGUGAAGCCACAGGUCACAUUGGCCCCAGCAUGAUCCUGACAACCAUGUGCGAGUGCUGCAUCGUUGCAUUUGCUGCGUAUUCGGCGAUGCCAGCGGCGCAGUGGUUGGCUGGAUCACUGGUACUAGGACUUGCUGCUAGUUUUGCCCUACAGAUGACCUUGUUCCUAGCAAUUGUAGUGUUGGACAAGCGUCGUGAGCUGAGCGGAACGUACGAUGUGAUCUGUUGCAAACGCGCUUCAUUUCCCCGUCGUCCACGUCUUUCGGAGGCUGAGAACACGACUGCGACAGAGAACUCGUCGUUCCCAGGGAGCACGUGUUCCAUGCCUGAUCUGAAUCUGAUGAAUCGCUGUGUUUUUGGCUACGUGAACGUGUUGCUGAAAAAGACGUCGAAGGUUUUGGUGCUUCUCGUAUUUGGUGCUAGCUCUCUGGUGGCGAUUGUGGCGAUUGAGACGAUGGAUCGCGGUCUUUCUAUAGCUUCAUUCAUCCCGACUGAUUCGUAUCUGCACUCGUACUACCGUGCUGUGGAUGAGAACGAUUUAUCGAGGAAGGAGUUCUUCGUUUAUUUCGUGGUGGAAGCUGGUAACGGUGACAGCUUCAAUGAUCUCGCGAAUGAUGCAGCAGCCCAGAGCAAGUUUUGCUCUUCGAAGGAAAUCUGCGAUGACUUGUCGAUCCCGAACAUCCUCAGCGCGUUGGCUGCGUUUGGAGACAGCAAGGUUACGUACUUCAAGGACGACGUCGUUGUUGGCUCCUGGCUGGACGAUUUCUGGGGAUUUGUCAACCCGGACAGUGAGUGCUGUCGCGUUGACUCGAAGAACGCCUAUGCGUAUUCACCUCUUCGUCCUCAAGAAAGCAGUGCUGAGAAUAUUUGGGAACGCGCCUCAGCAGCGCCCUCGUGUCUGUCUGAGGCAAGUGACGUGUUGUCGGUGCCUCGAGAAUCGUUCAUCUCCCUGUUCAGUAUGUUCUUGACUGCAGCCCCUGGGCCGUUGUGCACGUAUGCUGCUGGCACGCGUUACCAUGGACAGCUCAGUAUUGAUAACCGACCUCUUCCUGUGAUCAGCAGCAGCGCCACUGUGACCAUGAACGGCACUGGCUAUGGUAGGGAUGUAACUGCGUUUGCCUAUAAGGUUUUAAGCACUACAAUGGGUUCGUCAACGAUCUCUGGCAGCCAGGAAGGAGCGGUGACGGCCUACUCGCAGGCCCAAUAUAUCGCCAAGUGGAUCAGCGAUGUAACUGGCGUCGAGGUCUGGGUGUACUCCCUCGAGUACGUCUACUUGGACCAGUUCCACUCUAUUCGUCGCUCUGCGUAUGUUGUCGUGGGUCUCGGACUUGCCGUGGUGUUGGUACUGCAGAUUUUGGCUCUAGGAAGUUAUGGGUAUGGAAUUGCAGUGACUUUCAUUGCUGCACUCACAGUUGUCCAAGUCGCUGGUCUGAUGAUGCCGAUGGGUGUGCCUCUCAACUCGCUGUCGGUUGUGAGUCUAUCGAUUGCUGUGACGUUCUCUGUGGGCUUCUCGAGCCACUUCGCUCGCCUAUUUGCCAAGGCUCGUACCAUCACGGAUGAGUCGGGUUGUGCUCCAACAGGAGACGCCUGUGUGAAGAAAGUAUUGACGAAACUGCUGGCCUCGUGGACUCUUGGUGUCGCUCUCUCCAAGUUCGUUGCCAUCGCUGCACUUGCACUGGUGGCUACUCCUGUGUUCGAGCCGGCGGGGAAUUGCUUUUUCCGGACGUUGAUGGCUGCUGCCGUGUGCUCCUGGCUUAAUGGUGCGGUGCUUCUGCCUGUGGGUCUCAGCGUUGCUGUUGAUGCAACUGAAGGUCGUGUGCGUGAUAUUAAACGUACGAACGAGGAAGGUGGCGAGUACUCGCGUGAUAGCCCCUUGUCAUCGUACCACAACGCUCCUCUGACCAGCAAAUAG